UUCAAAUUGCUUUCUUCCUUUCGCGCAGUGUGAGAAUAGCCUAUCGAGGUGAUGUAAUUAAACAAGGGAAAUACUGAGCUUCACUGAGAGCGUCUCAAAACGACGUCUUUGUGGAUUGGACCAGCUGAAUCGUAUUGUUGAAGAUAAUGACCAACAGAGAAACAUGAGCUUCACGGAGUGCCACUCCGAGCUGCAGCUCGUCGACAAUUCUUUUCUCGGAGGAUUAAGUCCACUCAACCAGACUGGAUCGAUUUCCCUCAUUGAAAGAGUGAAGGAAAAGCUCCGAGAAAACACGAGGAAGUUGCUGUGCCUGCCUCUCACACAGAACCAAACGCUUCCGGAUACCCUCUGUGAAGACACCUUUUUCGGCUUGCCUGUUAUUGUGCGCAGCUUGAUAGAGUUGCAUCAUGGCAUCACACAGCUGUACGAUUGGCAAAAGGAAUGCCUAAGCCUUCCUGCUCUCAGUCAGAGGAAGAACCUUAUCUACUCACUUCCAACAAGUGGAGGCAAGACUCUGGUCGCCGAAAUCUUGGCCUUCAAGGAGAUACUGUGCUCACGCAAAAAUGUACUCUUCAUACUUCCAUAUGUGUCCAUUGUUCAGGAGAAGGUGCGGUCCAUGUCGAGCUUUGGAGUGGACCUCAACUUUCUGGUGGAAGAGUAUGCAGGCAGUAGGGGUGCGCUGCCACCUCCCAAAAGAAAGCAGCGCUGUGCCGUCUACUUUGCCACCAUUGAAAAGGCGCACUUCCUGGUGGACUCACUGAUCGAACAAAACAGGCUAAGCGAACUAGGCCUGCUCGUGGUUGAUGAGCUACAUAUGCUGGGCGCUGGGAGCAGCAGAGGGGCCAUACUUGAAAGCACACUUGUUAAAGUCAAGCACAUCUCCCCACAAACUCAAAUUGUGGGCAUGAGUGCCACUAUUGGAAAUAUGGACGACCUUGCUUCCUUUCUCAGUGCAGAGGUUUUCGUCGGGUCCUUUCGCCCGGUUGAAUUGAGGGAGUACGUCAAAGUGGAAGAUUACAUUUUUGAGCAACAGGGAAAAUGCGAAGAGGAACCUUUUCGUCUUGUCCGCAAACUUCCCAAGAAAGCCCAGAUGCAGGAUCCCGAGCAGCUGUCUCUCCUGGUAGCAGAGACGGUUCCGCAGCACUCUUGUCUCGUCUUCUGCCCAACAAAGCAAAACUGUGAGAGCGUGGCUUUGCUUCUGGCUCGUUUCCUGCCACAAUCGUUAUUGGACCACAAGCGUGAGCAGAAGGAAGCCCUGCUGCAGACGCUGCGUGCGGAAUUGGGGCAGGUUUGUCGGGUUUUGCGGCAAACUCUGCCCAUGGGUGUGGCCUACCACCACAGCGGACUGACGGUGGAGGAACGCCGCAUUGUGGAAGAUGCGUACACUUCUGGUGUGCUCUGCUGUCUUACGUGUACUUCGACUCUGGCGGCUGGUGUCAACCUGCCAGCCAAGAGAGUGAUUCUCAAGUCGCCAUACACCGGCACCGAGUUCCUCACCCGGAGCGUCUAUCAGCAAAUGGCAGGACGUGCUGGGCGAGCAGGCAUGGACUCGUCUGGAGAGAGCAUUCUCAUCGUACCCAACACAGAUAAAGAAAAGGUGCGGAAGCUUCUGGAGGCUCCAGUCGACAGCUGCUAUUCCAAUCUUCUUCAAGAUGAGCAGAAAGCCCUGAAAAUGUUGUUGCUCAGUUUGAUAGGACUGGAAGUUGCCAAGACUGAGGACUCUCUUUCCAGAGUGAUGGAAGCAACCCUUCUUGCCCUGCAACAACGAAAGGAGGGCAAAGAUCCACUGCAAACUCUGCGCCAAGCUCUUGAUGACCUUAGUACGGCUGGCCUUGUCUUGAAACACAAUUCUAGUGGAGAGCUACGUGCUACUCCACUUGGGUGUGCUGCUUUCAAAGGCUUUGUAGAUCCGGCCAUGGCAGACACUCUGCGUCAAGAGCUCUGGGCAGCACUGUCCUCCUUGUCCCUGCGAUGCCCACUACACCUGCUGCAUUUGGUCACACCAAGGCAGCUGCCCAAUACCAGGCUCGAUCCCCCAACAUACUACCGCUUGUAUGGCGAUCUGAAAGAAAACGAGCUCCAAGUGGCUGAACUUAUUGGAAUUUCAGAGGCCCUUGUCACCAAACUGGCCAGUGGAGGCUCACUCAAGAUUGGUGAGCAGCAGCUGCUGCAGGGCUUCUAUAAGACCAUGCAGCUGAAUGACUUGUGGCACCAGAAGAGUGUCUGGGAAGUGGCUGCCAAGUACAAGGAGCACAGGGGCCAGGUGCAGACACUGCUGGCGUCUGCUUCCACUUUUGCUUCUGCACUGACCCACUUCUGUAAGGAGCUGCCCGAACUUUGGGCUUAUAGGGUACUACUGCCAGAGUUCACGGAACACCUAUCAAACUGUGUCACCAUGGAGCUCAUCCCUCUGAUGGAACUGCCAAGCGUCAGAAAGGGCCGUGCCAGGCAGCUUCACAAGGCGGGGUUUCGUUCCAUUAUGGAUGUCGCCUGUGCCGAUCCAAAGGAGCUGGCCGAGAAAGUGGGCCCCAUAUCACGGAGGCAGUCCCGUCAGAUUGUUGAUGCAGCCAAGUUGUUACUGUUGAAGAAAGCCGAGGAUCUUCAGGAGCAAGCAGAGCAAGUUCUUCAAGGAAUGGUGUGAUGAAGGAAGGUGAGUACAACUAAAGCAACCUUUAUUGAACAGUAAUAAGUAUAAUAACUUAAGUUGCCAAGAAGCACACAGACAUGCACACACUCACACCACAGUCUCAGUCAUACGAACACUCACUGGUUGAUGCCACUACUUUGCAGGCACCCAACCCUCACGGAGAAAAGCAGUCCAGUCAGCUGCUACCAAGCCUUUGCCGCUGGGCAGGGUACAAAAAAAGUUUCACACAGGGCGUCACUCCCUUCGGGGCCUCCGUCGUCGUGGUGACCGCUUCGAGUCCCCAGCUCCAUCCUCGCCAUCCUGAGAAGGGGGUGGGAUGGCAACUUCUCAGGUCACAUAUUCUCAAGCCACAUAAUUCUAUGCAUGGAAAACAACAAAGUUUAGCCAAGGUGAACGAGACACUACUGCGACGUCCAUAUUUACAUUGCGAUAGUUAGGCUCUACGCCAAAGCUUUAGAAAACAAUGCUGCUUGCAGAGAAGUGGCAAUCACUGAACAGUGUAGCACUUUGAUAGUUCUGCCUACACUGCCAAUCGUGAGAGAAUAAUUCGCGUUUGUAGCUGGAAUCGUGAAAGGCUGUAAUGCAGUCCAAAAUAGCUAGCAAUUACGGAUAACUUGUACUAGCUGCUCGUUGGAACAAUUGUCGGGAAGCAGCUGGCCAACAAUGUUUGGAGUUAUGAAACCCUUACUUUGCAAGUUAAUCAUCGUAAGUACAGAUUAUGCACGCAACAAAGAGAAACAGUAUUCACAAAUGUGUUAAUGUUUGUGGAACAUAUGUUAUUGUUUGUUACUGUGAGUGUUUAUACAUGUUAGUUUUUUUGUUAUUUAUUUGACUGUUACAUGGUGUGACAACUAUUUACUAUUGUACUUAGGUUGAAUCCAAAAUAAAGUGCAACUGAAAGAA